AUGCAGUCUGUGCGAUCCUCGAACUCAAUUGAUUUGAAAGGCUCUGUUGAAAUUAUAGCGGAUUAUUUCUAUGUUGCUAUCAACAAUAUCUUGUAUAUUCGUGGAAUUUACCCUGAAGCUUCCUUUAAGCAAAUGAAGAAGUUCGGCAGGUCCGUUCUAGUGACAACGGAUGAUGAGUUAGAUAAAUAUUUAAAGUCUUGGUUAACUAGCAAUUCACUAAAGCGACUUGUCCUGGUUAUUAAGUGUGUCAAAACCGAGGAAGUCCUUGAGCGUUGGCAAUUUAACGUCAUUAAAGAAGACGAAAAUGUCGAUUUUAGUCAACAAAUUGAAAACGAACUCAGUGUAAUUGUUCGUCAGAUUGUUUCGUCGUCAACAUUUCUGCCAGUUCUCUCAUCAUCUUGCACAUUUGACCUAUUGGUUUAUACGGACAAAAAUUCUGAAAUUCCUGAAGGUUGGGGUGAAGCGGGUCCAAGUUUUGUACCUAACUCGACUCAAGUGCAAUUGAAGUCGUUUUCAACACGAAUUCACAAAGUUGAAUCAAUUGUCUCAUAUAGGUUAUGUUAA